CAGCUACAACCCCUUGCAGGAAGGGCUUGUCUCCUGAGCAGCGGCGGAAAGGAACGGAGCUGGGAGGGCGGCGCGGAGCGCUGGCGGGGACAGAAGGGGCAGCCAUGCUCUUGUCUGGGGGUAGGCCCCCCGCGCAGGAAUGGUUCAUGGUGCAGUCGAAAUCGAAGCCUCGGGUGCACCGACAGCGGCUGCAAGUCCAGCGCAUCUUCAGGGUCAAGGUGAAUGCCUUCCAGAGCCGUCCCGACACCCCCUACUUCUGGCUGCAGCUGGAAGGGCCCCGGGAGAAUACGGGUAAAGCCAAGGAAUAUCUGAAGGGUCUGUGCAGCCCAGAGCUGUGGAAGGAGGUUCGCUAUCCGCCAGUCCUGCACUGCGCCUUCCUUGGGGCACAAGGCUUGUUCCUGGACUGCCUCUGCUGGAGUACUCUGGCUUACCUGGUGCCUGGUCCCCCAGGCUCCUUGAUGGUGGGUGGACUGACCGAGUCUUUCACCAUGACACAGAACUGGCUGGAGGAGCUGGUGGCGCGGUUCCGCUGGGGUCCUGCCCCUAUGAUCACCCCCCGGGGGGGCUGGGAGACAGAGGUGACCCAGGCUUUUGGGGCCCUGGUAUGGAUCCGUAGUGACCAGUAUGCAGGGGCUCUGAUGCAGCUUCCCCCAGCAGUCCAGGAGCUGCUCCUCAACCUGGUGCGAGAUGCUGCUGGCAAGGAAGACAUCGUUGAGUGGCUCAGCCACGUUGGCAGCUCUAGCACCUGUGCCAGCCCAGAGGUCCUGAUCUGCCCUGGCCAGCAGCAGAAGGAAGGCUCGUCCCUGGUGACUGUAGGAGAGAGCUCUGGACCCUUCCUAGAGAUAGGAGCCUUGAAUCAGGCUUCAGAGAAUUCAAAGAAAUUGGCAAGGUUAGGAGCAACUGGAUCCCCGACCCCAGCCCAGAGCAGUCAGCAGGAGUCAGCAUGCCAGCUGGUACAGAUCCGUCCCAGCAAGCAAGGUGAGGUGACCAGUGCUCGCGAGGAAGGGCCCCUCGUGCAAGCCGCCAGCAGCCAGGGCUCUGCCAAUCACACACACGCCCUCUUGCAGCAAAGGCAGGCACAGAGGACAGAAGACAGAAUCUCAUUGCGGUCACCAGUGUCGGCUCUGAGUGUGUGUCCAUCCUGGAAGUCCUGGGCCCCGGGGCCAGCCUUUGGGCCCUUGUGGCCAGGGGCUAUUGCUGCAACUUUCUGGAAGAUCAACGAACUGCAUUCUCUUCACCUGGCCUGGCUGCUAUCCCAGGCUUGCUUCAGUUUCCCAUUCUGGCAGAGACCCAUGGGCCCCAUUCAGCUGAAGCUGCCAGGACAGAACCCUUUGCCCUUAAACCUGGAGUGGAAGCCGAAAGAGCUGACUCCUCUACCCAGUGCAGAAAACCAGGCUUGUAGACCAGACGGAGAGCUAGGAAGGGAGACAGCCCUACAGCAUAGCCUGAGGCCGGAGACCCCCUCAGAAGUCAUCAGUUUAUCGGGGGUGCCCGGGGACUGUGGUAUCAUAGAGGUGGUUACCGCAGAACCUCCACAAGUAGAGCCAUCCUUGACAUCUGCCCCCCAAGCUGAAGCGGAGCAGGAAGAUGAAAGAAGUUCACUGUCAGAUGGUGACGGUCUGGAAAAGUCCUCUUCAGCACUGCCCACAGAGCAGAGGGAACCCACAGCUCAAGAGAGGCCAGUGCCCCAGGCAGAGAUGACGGGUCAGUCAGUACCCAAAGCUCCAGCAAUGUCUGAGACUCCUGAAGCGCCCGCGGCUACAGCCGUGUCCAAAGUCCACCACCCACCCACCGAGGAAGGGCUGCCUGCAGCUCCCAAAGUGCCCCCAGCCCUAAAGCCGGAAGUGGAUACAGAACCUGCAGCUCCCAAUGUACCCCCAGCCCUAAAGCCGGAAGUGGAUACAGAGCCUGCAGCUCCCAAAGUGCCCCCAGCCCUAAAGCCGGAAGUGGAUACAGAGCCUGCAGCUCCCAAAGUGCCCCCAGCCCUAAAGCCGGAAGUGGAUACAGAGCCUGCAGCUCCCAGAGUGCCUUCAGCUCCACCAAAGUCAGCAGUUCCUGUGGAGCCCACAGCCCCCAAAGCAACCGCGAAUCAACCAGCAGCUCCCGUGUUACCCACGACUCCCCAAACUCCCGCAGCUCAGAACAUGCCUUCAGUAAAAACACCGGCAGGCCCCCAAACCCCCAAAGUUCAAACUGGGAAUGCCACUAAAGCAGGGUCUGCCACUCCCCAAACACCUUCAACCACCAAAACACCUGCAGCUUCUAAAGCCUCCAGAGUGUCUAAAACAUCCGCAGCCCAGGUGUCCACAGUUGCAGGGCCGAGCGUGGAUGAAGCCAAACUCCCGAAUGAGGUCCAGGCUUCAAAGGGCAGAGCUGUUGUGCCAAAGGGCCAGGGAAAGACUGGAAGGCAGGGUCUCCAGGUCAGUAACAACUUGGCCUCCAGAAAUAAACAUCAGUUCUUGAAGGAAGGACUUCUUGGGGCUUGGGAGGGGGCCCAGAGGAAGUCAGCUCACCACCCGCAGGCCAACAACACAGUGACCAGCUUCCAGAGGUACCAUGAGGCCUUGAACACACCCUUCGAGUUGAACUUGUCUGGAGAACCUGGGAAUCCAGGACUGCGGAGAGUGGUCAUUGACGGCAGCAGUGUGGCCAUGGUACAUGGCCUCCAGCACUUCUUCUCUUGCCGAGGCAUUGCCAUGGCAGUGCAGUAUUUCUGGAAUCGAGGACACCGGGAGGUCACCGUGUUUGUACCCACCUGGCAGCUGAAGAAGAACCGGAGGGUGAGAGAGAGCCACUUUCUGACACAGCUUCACUCACUCAAGAUGCUGUCCAUCACUCCCUCCCAGCUGGAGAAUGGCAAGAAGAUCACCACCUAUGACUACAGGUUCAUGAUCAAGCUGGCAGAGGAGACUGAUGGUGUCAUUGUCACCAAUGAGCAGCUUCACAUCCUCAUGAAUAAUUCCAAGAAACUGAUGGUCAAAGAUCGCCUGCUGCCCUUCACCUUUGCGGGGAAUCUCUUCAUGGUCCCAGAUGACCCCCUUGGUCGUGAUGGCCCCACCUUGGAUGAAUUUCUGAAGAAGCCAAACAGGUUGGACAUGGACAUUGGCAAUUUCUUGAAGGUGUGGAAGACCCUUCCUCCCAGCUCAGCCAGUAUCUCUGAGUUGAGUGACGAUGCUGAUCCCGAGCCAGUGGUGGGUCCACAGAAUGUGGAAGAGGUCAGGGAGAAGAGGGAGGACAGCCCAGCAGAGGAGCUGGUGGAGCAGCCGGGAAUACCAAAGCCUGACGAACAAGACGACCAUGACUCUUCCCUUGCGUCGGUGUUUGGAGCUGAAUGCCCUUCCUUUUCUGAGGAAAUCCUCUGGUGUCUCAGCCUGCAUGACCCCUCUGAGGGGGCUUUAGACAUUGACCUUCUGCCAGUGGUGUCCUCUCCUUACAUGGAUGUCCCCUGGGAUGGGCAGGCUCCCUGUCAGCAGGUUCUUGCCCAGCUCGCUCAGCUCACUAUCCCUAGCAACUUCACCGCUCUGUCUUUCUUUGUGGGCUUCAUGGAUUCGCACCGGGAUGCUAUUCCUGACUAUGAAGUCCUCGUGGGCCCCCUGCAUAGCCUUCUCAAGCAGAAGCCGGAUUGGCAAUGGAACCAGGAACAUGAGAAGGCCUUCCUGGCCCUGAAACGAGCGCUAGUGUCUGCCCUCUGCCUGUCAACCCCGAAUUCUGAUCUGCCCUUCUACCUGGAAGUGACCGUUAGCCAAGUGUCACUGACGGCCAUCCUGCAGCAGGAGCGCUCAGGAAGGAAGCACCCCAUCGCCUAUACCUCGAAACCUCUCCUCCCUGAUGAGGACAGUGAGGGUCCACAGUCAGGGGGGGACAGCCCCUAUGCUGUGGCUUGGGCCCUCAAACACUUUUCCCGAUGCAUUGGAGACAAUCCAGUGGUUUUACGUCUUUCCUAUGCCUCCCGAACCUCUGUGGACAGUGAGACGUGGGAAAGUUGUAGGGUUUCCAAAGCGUGGUUGAUUCGAUGGUCUCUCUUGGUUCAGGACAAAGGCAAGAGGGAUUUGGAAUUGACCCUUCUCCAUGGCCUGCUGGGGGAAAACCGGCUGCUGACACCUGCUUCCUCGAUGCCUCGAGUUUUCCAGCUUCUGCCUCCUUCUACUGACCUGUCUACAUUUAUCUGCAUCCAUAUAUCUGGCUAUUGCUUCUACCGUGAUGAUGAGCUGUGUGCUGGCUUUGGUCUCUACAUCUUGUCUCCCACCAGCCCCCCAGUCUCCCUUACCUUUUCCUGUUUCCCUUAUACACUCACCUAUGCCCACCUGGCAGCCGUGGCCUGUGGCCUAGAGCGCUUUGGCCAGUCCCACCUCCCGGUGGUUUUCCUCACCCACUGCAACUGGAUCUUCAGCGUCCUCUGGGAGCUCCUGCCACUCUGGAAAGCCAGGGGCUUCCUCUCAUCGGAUGGGGCUUCUCUACCUUAUCCGAGCUUGCUCUCCUAUAUUAUAUCCCUCACUUCUGGCCUCUCAUCCCUCCCCUUUAUCUACCGAACCUCUUAUCGGGGAUCUCUGUUUGCUGUGACAGUGGAUACUCUGGCCAAGCAGGGCGCCCAAGGGGGCGGGCAGUGGUGGGAUUUGCCGGAGGAUGUGCCGGUGCCAAUAGUGACUCCCCAUACCAAAGGCAGGAAGCCCAACCUGCUGGCCUUACAGAUGAGUGACGGCACGGUGGCUGAGAUCAUUGCCAAGUUGCAGGCAGGGCAGAAAUUGUCCGGGCCCUCUCCUUUCAGUUCUGCUUUUAAUUCGCUCAGCCUUGACAAAGACAGUGGCCUGCUGAUGUUCAAGGGGGAAAAGCAUCCCAGGGUCUGGGUAGUCCCAAGGCAACUUCGGAGGGAUCUGAUUUUUUUUGUGCAUGACAUCCCCUUAGGGGGGCACCAGAGGCCAGAGGAGACCUAUAAGAAGUUGCGGUUGCUGGGAUGGUGGCCUGGGAUGCAGGAGCACGUGAAAGAUUACUGCAGGAGCUGUUUGUUUUGCAUUCCCCGAAAUCUCGUAGGGGGUGAGUUGAAAGUUAUUGAGUCCCCGUGGCCUGUCAGGUCAACCGCUCCCUGGUCAAGUCUGCAGAUUGAGGUGGUGGGUCCCAUCACUGCCAGCGAGGAAGGUCAUAAGCACGUGCUCAUCGUGGCUGAUGCCAACACCCGGUGGGUGGAGGCAUUCCCUCUGAAGCCCUAUACGCACAUGGCCGUAGCCCAGCUGUUACUGCAGCACGUGUUUGCGAGAUGGGGUGUUCCCAUAAGGCUGGAGGCGGCACAAGGCCCCCAGUUUGCCCGACAUGUCCUGGUGAGCUGUGGGCUGGCCCUAGGCGCUCAGGUGACCACACUGAGUAGGACCCUUCAGUUCCCUUGUUUGAUGAGUUCAGAGGCCUACUGGGAAUUCAAGAGGGCCCUGAAGGAGUUCAUCUUCCUGCAUGGCAAAAAGUGGGCAGCCUCCCUUCCCUUGCUGCACCUGGCUUUUAGGGCUUCCAACCCAGAGGCCACCCCAUACCAGGUCCUGACUGGGGAUGAGGUGAGGCUGAUGGAGCCCUUGUGGUGGGAGAUGAGCAGUGCGAACAUCGAGGGGCUCAAGAUGGACACGUUCCUGCUACGGCUGGCGCGGGAGCUGUUGGACCUCCACUGGAGGGUGGCAGAGAAGGCCGGUGAGAAAGCUGACAAUAGACGCUUCCAGAGGGCGAUCCAGAACAAGGAGUGGAAUGUGGGUGACCAGGUCCUCUUGCUGUCUCUCCCCAGGAACGGCAGCGGUGCCAAGUGGGUGGGUCCCUUCUAUAUUGGCGACCGAUUGAGCCUAUCGCUCUAUAGGGUUUGGGGUUUCCCGACCCCAGAGAAGUUGGGGUGUGUCUAUCCUAGCAGUCUAAUGAAGGCCUUUGCCAAUGGUAGCGCACCCCUGUCCCUCAAUGACUUGGACCAAUGAUUAGAGCCAUCAGGGAGCUCCCUGCUCUGGGGGUCCUGGGUUUCUGCUGCUAGAUCUCCUUUUGCUCUAAGAAAGGCUCUCAGCUCUUGGGGGCCUCCAGUUGUGCCUUUUGUGAAGUUGUUUUGUUGAUAAAGCUUUGCUGAAUUGCCUUGACCUAGGGAUGAAUGUCCCUAUGGAAAUAUCCCAGCUUAGGGUUUUUGGAAACCUUGCCAAAUGUCGUCAUGUGUGGGUUCUGGCAGUUUUCCACUUGGGAGCAGAAAGGCUCCUUACUAAAGCAGGCCAGGCUCACAGUCUUCCCCAAGUGCCGUGUUCCUUCACGCACAUGCAGGCGUAUUUUAGUGUGUGCACCCCUCCCCCAGUAUCUUAAACCUGGUAUAUUUAAUAGUGCGAAUCUGAACCUCACAGUGGGUACCACGCCGCUGGCUCUUGUGUGAGUGCCUCCCCUUACACUGUGGUUUUGGCGAGCUUUUGCCCUUGGAGUUUUCAGUGGCAUGGACACAUGCUGGUAGGGAGUGGGGGCGGGGAGGGCACAGCAUUUCUCCAGUCAGCUUCCUUUGCCUUCUCAGCUGUCAAGAAAGGGUUUUAGCCUUCGUGUGCCUCUAGAAUGAUGGCUCUGGGUGGAGAUGAUCAACCACACGCCACCUACGCCACCUACCUGUGUAAGGGAAGGGGAGAGUGGAAGAUGAGUUGGCCUACCUCAUUUGAUUCCAGUCAAGGGAGGUGAUUCCUGACCCCUGCCAUGAUGGUGGUCACUUCAUGGGAAUCAUGGACCUUGGUGCCCAGUGUGGCAUCUCUCUACUGGAAGAGCUGCUUCUAUUAGGUCAAGUGGUACCCACGCUCUGCUUCAUGGGGAGGGCGUCUGACAAGGGUAGUUUGAUGCAUGGCCAGGUGCUAGGUAGCUUUACCUCUUACUCUUCUCACCCCCUCCCCAAACCCACAGCCAUCUCCUGCCUGUACUGUACCUUGCCAUCUCCUCAGACACCAUGGGACUGCUCUGCCCUGAGCAGCUGCGGCGCUCUUGGUCUGCCUGUGAAGAGCUCCCUUAGAGCCAGCCAUGUAGACAGCACUCUUGCAGUGGGAGUGGGCCUCUCACAGACACAAGUGCUUCUCACAUGCAUGUCCACACUUCUGAACUGUCAGUCUGCAGAGGAAGGCCAGCACCAUGCCGCUCUGGCUCAGGUCCCUAGUAGCUCAUUUCCUCAGGAGCCAUUCCAGUUUCCUGGCCCAGCACGGGUCACCAGUCAUGACAUUGCAGAGUGCUGGGGCCAGAGAAGCUGCAUUGAGUCCAGCAUGUUUCAUGGCAGAGGAAAGAGGGCCAGAGGGGGAAAAAUGACUGUCCAAAGUCAUACAGCAAAUUGGUGGCUGAGUUGGGAUCCGGAUGAACCUUCUUGACUGACUUCAAGUUCACCAUGAUAGGGGUUCUAGCAACAGAUUGGAGCAGGAGAAGCCUUCCGGAUUUGGUACCUCCAUUCCCUUUGAUCCCGUCUCCCAACUUUUUUAGAUAAACUACCUGAUGCUGUUCCUCAGCCAGUCCAGCUGUCAGCCCUGCCCAGGGAUGAGUGUGGGGUGACACCCGAGACGCUGAAAGGUUAGAUGUAGAGUUUUUAACAGGUACUGUAUUUCCUCACAUUUGCCUCUUUCCCAACCUCACUCUGCUGCCCCCCGCCCCCGCCCAGGGCUGUAUUCAAACCCCUC